GCAAACCGGUAGCACACCGACAGAGUCGAUGAGACGUCAACGGCCGCUGGCAAACUCGGACUAAAGCGACUGGAAUAAAACCCACAUUUUCGACUCGGCAGCGGAUAUUCAUCUAUAAACUUCAUAUCUGAGUGGAUGUCUUUAAAUUAGAAGAGAUUGUCAUUUAGAAGACACCGCGAAUGGUCCAAGGCUCCUGACAAACUCUGUUUCGCGACGGCUGUUAAAAAUAUUUCCUUCGGGGUCUUUUGGCUUGUCAGCUGGUAGCAAUUACAGAUCAUCGACAUACGGUAGGAGACACGGUGGAGUUCGUGCCUUUUGGUUGACUGACUCGGUACUGUCUGGGUGGACCUCCGACCGUAGCAGAACCUCGGAGCGGCCCGCUUCGACAGCCGCGGUAGGAGCCGGGGUGUAGUUCGGUUUACGGAGGACAUUCAGCGGCUUUAAACAAACACCUUUCAGCCGGUAUCUGAUCCCCAGGAGCCGGCUAGAAUCCGGACAGAGACCUCAUGAAUGGAAAUCGGAACUACAGGAGCCGUUGGGGCUGCGCCCCUGUUCUCCGUACCUCGGAGGCCAGGCUAUGGCACCAUGGGGAAGCCCAUCAAGCUGCUGGCCAACUGCUUCCAGGUGGACAUCCCCAAAAUGGACGUCUACCUGUAUGAUGUGGACAUCAAUCCCGAAAAGUGCCCACGUCGUGUUAACAGGGAGGUGGUGAAUUCCAUGGUGCAGCACUUUAAGGUGACAAUCUUUGGGGACAGACGGCCAGUCUAUGAUGGCAAGAAAAGCCUCUACACCGCACAACCGUUGCCAGUGGCCACAGGGGGGGUGGACCUGGAUGUGACCUUGCCAGGUGAAGGUGGGAAGGACAGGCUGUUUAAGGUCACCAUUAAGUUUGUGUCACUGGUCAGUUGGCACUUGCUGCAUGAGGUCCUCACUGGGAGGAGCACACCUGAUCCUCUGAACCUGGAUAAGCCCAUCAGCACCAAUCCCGUACACGCUGUAGAUGUUGUUAUGCGCCAUCUGCCCUCUAUGAAGUACACCCCAGUGGGACGAUCCUUUUUCUCUUCCCCCGAGGGCUAUGAUCACCCACUGGGUGGGGGGAGGGAGGUGUGGUUUGGCUUCCACCAAUCAGUGCAUCCAGCUAUGUGGAAAAUGAUGUUGAACAUUGAUGUGUCUGCCACUGCAUUCUACAAAGCUCAACCUAUGAUUCAGUUCAUGUGUGAGGUUCUGGAUAUCCACAACAUUGAUGAGCAACCUCGACCUCUUACUGAUUCCCAUAGAGUCAAAUUCACCAAAGAGAUCAAAGGUCUAAAGGUGGAGGUCACCCACUGUGGCACCAUGCGGAGGAAGUACAGGGUGUGUAAUGUUACUCGCCGGCCAUCCAGCCACCAGACGUUUCCAUUACAGUUGGAAAAUGGACAGACUGUGGAGAGAACAGUGGCACAAUACUUCAGGGAAAAGUACAACUUACAGCUCAAGUACCCCCAUCUGCCCUGCCUGCAAGUAGGGCAAGAGCAGAAGCACACAUACCUGCCUUUAGAGGUGUGCAACAUUGUGGUAGGCCAGCGCUGCAUUAAAAAAUUAACAGACAACCAAACCUCCACCAUGAUCAAAGCCACGGCCCGCUCGGCACCGGACAGACAAGAGGAGAUCAGCAGACUGGUGCGCAGUGCCAACUACAACUCGGACCCCUUCGUGCAGGAGUUUCAGUUCCGUGUGCGGGAUGAGAUGGCGGAGGUGACGGGUCGUGUCCUGCCUGCCCCUAUGCUGCAGUACGGCGGCAGGGUGAGCUCUGAACACUUUAUGAAUCGUACAGUAGCCACCCCAAGUCAUGGAGUGUGGGAUAUGAGAGGCAAGCAGUUUCAUACUGGUGUGGAGAUCAAGAUGUGGGCCAUUGCCUGCUUUGCCACUCAGAGACAAUGCAGAGAGGAAGUUCUCAAGGGCUUUACAGACCAGCUGCGGAAGAUCUCUAAGGAUGCAGGGAUGCCCAUACAGGGCCAGCCAUGUUUCUGCAAAUACGCUCAGGGAGCCGAUAAUGUGGAGCCCAUGUUCCGCCACCUGAAAAACACCUACGCUGGCCUCCAACUCAUCAUUGUCAUAUUGCCUGGGAAAACUCCUGUCUAUGCUGAAGUGAAACGUGUUGGAGACACUCUUCUGGGAAUGGCCACUCAGUGCGUUCAGGUGAAGAACGUGGUGAAAACCUCCCCUCAGACCCUCUCCAACCUCUGUCUCAAGAUCAACGUCAAACUGGGUGGCAUCAACAACAUACUGGUACCCCAUCAGCGCCCAUCUGUAUUCCAGCAGCCUGUCAUUUUUCUGGGAGCUGAUGUAACUCAUCCACCCGCAGGAGAUGGAAAGAAACCCUCCAUUGCAGCUGUGGUGGGCAGCAUGGACGCUCACCCCAGCAGGUACUGCGCUACCGUCCGUGUUCAGAGGCCCAGACAGGAGGUGAUUCAGGACCUGGCGUCCAUGGUGCGAGAGCUGCUCAUCCAGUUCUACAAGUCCACCCACUACAAACCCACCAGAAUUAUCUUCUACAGGGACGGUGUGUCUGAGGGACAGUUCAGACAGGUGCUGUACUACGAGUUGUUGGCCAUACGUGAAGCUUGCAUCAGCCUUGAGAAGGAUUAUCAACCAGGAAUUACCUACAUUGUUGUGCAGAAACGUCACCACACUCGUCUCUUCUGCGCUGACCCCACUGAGAGGGUGGGCCGCAGUGGUAACAUACCAGCAGGUACCACAGUGGACACUGAUAUCACCCAUCCUUACGAAUUUGACUUUUAUCUGUGCAGCCAUGCUGGAAUACAGGGUACAAGCCGACCGUCACACUACCAUGUGCUAUGGGACGACAACUGCUUUACAGCCGAUGAAUUCCAGCUCUUGACCUACCAGCUGUGCCACACAUAUGUGCGCUGUACUCGCUCCGUUUCCAUCCCUGCGCCUGCCUACUAUGCCCACCUAGUGGCCUUUAGAGCCCGCUACCAUUUAGUGGAUAAAGAGCACGACAGUGCGGAAGGCAGCCACAUGUCGGGCCAGAGUAAUGGCCGAGACCCCCAGGUCCUGGCCAAAGCUGUGCAGAUCCAUCACGACACUCUGAGGACCAUGUACUUUGCUUAGCCCUGCCUUCACAGACUUGUCAGUCGCUGGUCAUCGUGCACUUAGCGGAGGAGGGCUUCUCCCAAUCACAGGCUGCUAAAGAGAACCAAAUGUAGAACUUACAGGAGGAACUAGCACUGUUAUGCAAUAGAAAAACAGCCAAUCUUUCCAGUCUGCUUCGCUUACUAAUUGUUUUUAAUAUGUAGAUUGCAGCUAUACCAUUAUUUAUUAGAUUUGUAGAUCUGUUUAACUAUUAAUUUUGCCUAUUUAGGUCACAAAACCAAGCUUAAGAAGGUUUGCUUGAUGAACUCAUACUAGAUCAGUGAAUGAGGCAGUAUUAUUUCUUUAGGAGCAGAUUGAUGAGCCCUACUCAUCUGGAUUUCUCCUUUUACAGAGUUUUGUUUCACAACUGAUCAAACACACAUGAAGUUGAACAUCAGUGUCUUCUGGUUUAGUUGAAAAUGUCAGGCAGGCGUGUUUGAACUAAUCUUUGGAACCACCUUUGGUUUAGGAUUAGGAUUUUUUUUUAGGUUUGAUGAAGUCGGUUGCUGGAGGAAUGCCACUAGAGGGCAGUGCAAAGUUGGCUACAUCUUACUGUAGGUCCUCCACUGUUCCUCUGGACAAGUGAUCCUCAAAUCUGGCUCGCGAGAUCCACUUUCCUGCAGAGUUUAGCUCUAACCC